UGCAUUUCGCUUGGAAAUCAGGGUUGUGCAGUUUGGAGGAAGAGUGGAGAGGAACAGUGUCCGCAUUGCUUGAAGUCCAGAGUGAAGUUUCCACAGUCAAAGGUGAUUUGGGUCACCAUGUCAUCUGCUGGUUCUGGUCAACUGUGUUUUGCAAAGUCCUACAGCCAUCUACCAGGAAUGUUAGAGUACAUCAUGCUUCCUUCUGCUCACAACUUUAUGGAGAUACUGAUUUCAUUUUCCAGCAGGACUUGCCCACAGUUCCACAGGUGUAGUCUAGUUUGCAGAAGCUGGAAUGAAAUUAUUGAGCAGGACCACCAAGCCAGCCUGAGGAGAAGAAUCCACCUGAGUGAACUAGAGGAUCUUCAGUAUGGUGUGGGUGUCCUCCAAAUCUCAGAGGGGGAGACCAGAUCAGCUCUACCAAAGAGGUCGGCCUUAAAGAAGAUUCAGGCCCAGUCCAGAACCUCUAGCUCUAGCUACUGCACCCCCCCGUUGGCAAACACUUUGGCCACGCCACAGCAUGGCACUUUAAGUACAGGCAGCAGCACCAAACGGGACAAAUUUCUUGAGGUUGCCAAAACCCUCUUCCAUGAUGAAUGCCUCAAGCCUUGCCCUAGAUGUCAGCAUCCUGCAAGGUGUCACUUGGUGAAAGGGGAGGGUGUGUGUAGCAGAGUCGACUGUGGCUUUCAGUUUUGCGUAUCCUGCUUGUGUGCUUUCCAUGGGUCCAGAGAAUGCGGCAGUCAGUCAGCGGGCCGUCGCAAGAAGGACAAUCUGCUUCCAGGAAGUGCUCUAAGCAAGCGAAAUGUUCGAAGACUGUAAUUAAAUCUUUACUCCAGUUUGUCAUGUGGACAAUUUUAAAUUGUAAAUGAUUACCCCAACUUUUUACAGCAAGUUUCUAAACAAUGUCUGCGCUACUGAAUGUCUUUACUUAAGUACUUUUCUUUCAGCACAGAUUUUUAACUAUGGAAUUGGGUUCUGAUGUACUUUGAUUACUGUUUUUUUUUUUUUUUUUUUUUUUU